AUGUCCAUUGAAAAUGAUUACCGUAUUUUAGAGGAUUACGUCCUGCCACCAAGGGCUCCCUUGCAAACAGACCAAUAUUACAAAUAUGUGAAACCCACAUUGGAAGAAUUGGAUGCCAAGUUGGAGUAUGAUAUGGAUGAAGAGGAUUUUGCCUGGUUAGAACUCAUGAAUGAACAAAGAACAAAAUCAGGGCUAUCAUUUGUAUCGUAUGACACAUUUGAAGCACUGAUGGACCGAUUUGAAAAGGAAUGCUUUUUUCAUUGCAUGAGUAAAAACUUCAAACCAUUGCCUCCAGAGUUGGAGCAUCAAGCUGACUGUGCAAUAUGUCUUGAUGGUUCAAGCAAUGAAGAAAAUGCCAUUUUGUUCUGUGACAUGUGCAGUCUUUCUGUGCACCAAAGAUGUUAUGGGGUAGUCAGGGUGCCUGAUGAAAUAUGGCUUUGUAAGAGAUGUCUUCACUCACCUGCAGCUGCAGCAAAUUGUUGUUUGUGUCCUUGCAAGUCAGGAGCUUUGAAAAGGGCGCUAGAUGGCAGAUGGGCUCAUGUCACUUGCACUUUCUGGAUCCCUGAAGUAAGUUUUGGAGAUGAAACAACCAGAGAACCCAUUAUGGGGAUUGAAUUAGUUUCAUCUGCUAGAUGGAAGUUGGUAUGUUACAUUUGCAGUCAAAAAAACAAAGGGGCCUGUCUGCAAUGCCAAUAUUCUAAUUGCAAUGUAGCUUAUCAUGCAACCUGUGCUCAAUUAGUUGGUUAG